GUUUACUCAUUUACUCUAUGACAACCUGGAAUCUAUCAAAGUCCUUGUUACCAGUUUUAAAGAUGAGAAAGAGACUUGUAAAAAAAUUCUCUAUGUUAACAGUGCCAUGGAUAUCGUGGAUCAAAGCCUAGCCCAGCAAACGGGCUGUGUGCUUGAUAGAUUAUUAAAGUAUAGCACUGAUUUCAUGGAAUAUAUUGAUGUUGACACCAAUGUAGACGUGAAGGACUUUGAUAGAUUCCAUGUCUUCCUGUCAGCCAGAGGACCCCAGAUGGAAACCUGUCUUAGGGAGACUAAUCGAAAUCAGCCUACCACUAACACGGAAGAACCCAGUCAGCCGCUACAGUCACUACUUCAGAAGAAAGCCCCACAGAUUCUUACAGAGUAUGAGACUACAGGUGUCCUGUCAGUGCCAUCGAGGAAGCUCCUUGUGAAGACGUACAUAGGAGAUUUGGUGGAGAGGUGUGGUUUUUACCCUCUUAGUGCAGAGAAGUUGGCUGUAGCGAAAAGCAUCAUCACCACCUUCCCAUCCCUGAGUGUCAGAGUAGAAGGACAAGGGGAAGGAUUUGAGCAUUACUAUGAUCUAGUCUCUGGAUUCCUAGAGACUAAACUGCGCAACCUUAGACGCAAUCUCGAGCAAGGGCAGAGGCGUUAUAGGAAGCGAAAAGUGACCAAUGACUGCACUGGACCCGAGAAGCCUUAUUCAACAGAGGAUGGGCAUGCCAGCAGCACAAAUGAGUGGGCCACCUUGAUUAAACGGUUGCGGCCCUCAGCUGAUAACCUUUCAGCAAUCAAGUCAGGCAUGGAGAAAAUAUACACCUGUCGCAGGUCCUGGAAAUAUUCAACGAGUACCCACGGUUUUUGGACAUGCCAAGUCUGGUAGGUUGCUUCCUUCCUUGGUUUAUUUAGUCCCACUCCUCUCAAAUGGGAUGAACUCACAAAAUGAUUGCAUGGCUUCUGUGCAGCAAAUAUAAAACAAAAAGAAACCAUGUAAUUCCACAGUACCUGCAAAGGGUGACAUGCACACCUAACUGUGCUUCACAAAACAUCAGCGCUGGGAUGGGAGGUGCGCGCAGCUCUACAAUCAAACUUCAACCCAUUUAAAUAGUAAAAAAUGAAUUCAAAAUCAAUAUAUGGCAGUCAGCGUUGAUAUUGUGGUGGGCCGCCACAAAUAAAUCAAUGUAUGGCCAUCAAUGCACUGCAACACUGCAUUUUAACUAGCAUGCCU